UACAAACGGCGUUGAAUCCCAGAAGACCAAAGGACAGAAACAUGAGCAGACUAAAGGCACUGGCGAUUGCGUUCGAUAGUAAUACGAAUGUGUUUUCUCCUGGUGACGUCAUCAGUGGUCAGGUUAUCGUACAGGUCCGCGACCAGGAUCAGGAGGGUUUGAAGAAUGUACAAGGUAUAUGGGUGAAGGUUAAAGGAAAAGCGAAAACAAAGUGGACCACCACUAACAAUUACGGCGAUGCGGGUACGAGUACAGUGACCCACACCAACAAGGAGAGAUACUUUGACACCAUCUUCGUGAUCUUUGGAAAAGGAAUGAUAAAUCCUAUUGAAUUAGUUUUUUAA